AUGAAGAAGGAAAAUACAGUCCAAAAACAACAUUCAUCUAUUAUUCCUGUCUAUAAAUCUCAACCGAAAUUCACCUGCCACCCGCAUAAAUGGCAUCGUAAUACGCAAUUUCAUCCAGUACUGCCAAAUCAGCACUUCGUACCCGGAUUAUCUUCUGAACAGCCGACUCCGUCAUCAAAAAGAGGACUUUGCAAAGUUUCACACAUAAUAUAUAACAGAGAAUUCUACAAGACACAAAAUAUAGUUUGGCAAACCAUUUGCAAACCCGAGUUUUGGCUUGAUUUCCUUGAUAUUAUUUUAUAUUUUGCAUUUGGGCGAAAGUCCAUUAACGAUAUUUAUGCAUUACUGUCUAUUGUUACUGACAAAUAUUGA